AUGGCAGAUUCUAGGUCGUGUGACUUGGUGUCAGAACUAGAUCCACUGCGAUUCAGAGAUCUACCUAUUUUUAAUUCAACAAAUCCAGAUGUUUUUAUGCAGCAAACGUGUCGUGUCAUAUCCCGUGUGUCCUGUGUUAUUAGCAACACUGUGGAUUGCCAUGAAGGGCCAUCCCUGGAUCAGCUCCGACAGCUAUACAAAUUCAGUCUCUUCCCCAUAGGCCCCUUACACUUGAUUGCUAAAGAUUCCUUGAUCAGUAAUAGCUUUAUGCGAGAAAAUUAUAGCUGCGUAGCAUGGCUCAACGACCAAGCAAGAAAAUAUGUGCUGUAUGUAAGUUUGGGAAGCAUUGCUAGCUGGGACGAGAAAGAGCUAACUGAAGUAGCUUGGGGCUUGGCCAAUAGCUGGCAGAAUUUCCUUUGGGUUAUUCGACCAGGGACCAUUAAUGAUGUUUCUGAGUGGCUAGAAUCAUUGCCUGAAGAUGUCAAAGUAGCAGUAGCAAAAAGGGGUUGCAUUGUGGAAUGGGCACCCCAAGAUGAGGUUUUGGCACACCAGGCUGUGGGAGGGUUUUGGAGCCACUGUGGUUGGAAUUCUACCUUGGAGAGUUUGUGCGAAGGAGUACCAAUUCUUUGCCAUCCUUAUUUUGGAGAUCAGAGGGUAAAUGCCAGGUUGUUGAGUCAUGUAUGGAGGGUAGGUCUAGAAUGGUCCAAUAUCAUAGAAAGGUAUGAGAUAGAAGGGGCAGUCAGAAGACUGAUGGUGAAUCCAGAAGGGAAAGAAAUGGGGCAGAGAGCAGUAGAAUUGAAGGAUGAGAUUAGGCUAGCCGUGAGAGGUGCUUCUUCCUACGAUGCCUUAAAUGGGUUGGUGAAGAGCAUCAUAUCAGUGAAUCUCUGA